AUGGCACCUAAAAUCGAUCCCAAUGAAAUAAAAAUUAUUUAUCUUAGAGCAACAGGAGGUGAAGUUGGUGCGUCUAGUGCUUUAGCUCCCAAAAUUGGUCCUCUUGGUUUGGCACCAAAAAAAGUAGGAGAAGAUAUUGCAAAAGCAACAUCAGAUUGGAAAGGUUUACGUGUUACUGUUAAAUUAACAAUUCAAAAUCGUCAAGCUGCAGUUUCAGUUGUACCCACAGCAUCUACUCUAAGUCAUUAG